AUGGAGCAGGAAAAUACGAGACCAGAGCGUAAUAAGCGUAAUGCAGAUGAUAUUGAGGAGCUUGAAAUAGACUUGAAAGCCUCAGUGCCGCUUUCGAAGAAACAAAAGCGGUUGGUGAAAAAGGGUAAGCUCGAGAUCAAAGAGCCAGUUUCAGAUGACGAAGCAUCUAAGCAGAACGAGAGACAGGAGAAGUCACAAUACGGUGUUUGGAUUGGGAAUUUGUCUUUUGAUACUACGAAAGAAGACUUGGUGCGGUUCUUGACUGCGAAAAGUUCGGUUAACGAAGAGGACAUCACUCGAGUGAAUUUGCCCAAAAAGGGAAACCAGAUCAAAGGUUUUUCUUAUGUUGAUGUAAAGAAUGAAGAGCAAGUCACCUCUCUUGUUGAACUAAGCGAAUCUUUUCUUAACGGACGUAAAUUGCUUAUCAAGAAUGCCAAAUCGUUUGAAGGCAGACCAGAAAAGACAGAAAGUAAAUUACCACCAAGUAGGAUUCUUUUCGUUGGGAAUCUUGGGUUUGACACUACCGAAGAUAAUCUUGAAGAGCACUUUAGACACUGUGGGGAUAUUGCCAGAAUCAGAAUGGCGACUUUCCAAGAUACUGGAAAAUGUAAAGGGUUUGCAUUUAUUGAUUUCAAAAAGGAGGAAGGUGCUGUUGCCGCAAUGAACUCGAAAUUGACCAAGAUGAUGUUGAAUAGAAAGCUUAGAUUGGAGUAUGGUGAGGAUAGAUCGAAAAAGAGACCAAAGAGUCAUACAAACGGAAGACCUUCAGAGUUUACCGGUGGAGAAGGAGAGGAAGCGGCAAGAGGUGACCUCCUGGCGCCACGGAUUAGCAAACCUCAGUAUAGAGAGAGGGGUCAAGACAGAGGUCAAGACAGGGGUCAAGACAGGGGCCAAGACAGAAGUUACGAAAACCAACAUGAGAGAUCUUACGACAGACGCCAAGAAAGACCACGCGAUAAACCACAGGAUAGACAGAAUAAACGUCAAAAGUCUUCAAUUGCAUUGGCAACUGCUCAAAGAGCAAGUGCAGCUAUUGUGCCGUCUUCUGGUAAGAAAAUUACAUUCGAUUAA